AUGCGCGACAUGCUCAUCCGCACUAAUGAUGAUAUCUACUCCUUAAAAGAAAUACAACAUCUUCUUUCACAACAACAAUCUGAGUUCCAGUGGACCGGUAAAAAAUUUAUACCAAAAUCGUUCCAGAUUUAUAAGUGGGUUGAUGUAACUGAUAGUGUACAGGUGGCUAUUGUAUCAAAACAAUUAAUUGCUGAUAAAUCUAAUGGUGCAAUGAUUCGCACGGUCAGUCCAACUAAUACACCAAUCAUAUAUGCAAACAAGCCUUCAACAUUUCUAACAGAAGUUAUUCAACUCUAUGCAGCUAAUGGAACUCCUCCAUGGCCACGGUUAUUGUGUGAUGAUACAGCCGUUUCACGAGUUCUAUAUCAACGGUUAUUCUCUGUUAUUGGAAUAACUUAUGGUUUAGGCGAUGGCUCAACAACAUUUAAUCUGCCUGAUUUUCGAGGUAGAUUUGCCUUAGGUGUCGAUCAGUCAGGUUUAGUUGUUAGCAAUGCAGAAAAACUAGAUAUUCUAGGUGGUCAAGUCAGCCAGAUACCCAGUCAGACAAGGUUUUGGGAAAACGCGUUUAAACACCAUGAAAUCAGCCUUUUUUGGCGUUUUACGGCGUUUUUUUCAAAGCGACCGUGUAAACGCCGGUUACUUUAUUUU